UGAAAAAUGCGGGAUAUUCUUUUUUUAUUUAUAAGUUUUGUACGGAAUACACUCGUUGCAGGAAUGUCAUGAGCAAAGGGCUGUUCUGUGGUUUGCACCCACCAUCGCUUCACUUUCAUUACAUCCGGAGGAAAAAGCUUGCUUCCGCUUUGCAGUGUUAACGGCUAACAGCCGACGCAAUACACGAUAAAGGAACGAUUUCUGGAAAUAACAAACCCACGUGGAAUAAGGACGCCAGUGGAACAGUGUGUUUUUGACUUUCUCUCUCUUCCGUAGCCUGCUACGAUGGGUAAUUGCCCGUCUACGUUUCGGGGUAAAUUUACCCCCAAUCAAGAUUCGGGGCAUCCGGGAAUGGCCGAUAUUGUUUUAAAGCCCGUAGAUCAAGAUGAGAAAGUGCCGUUCGAUUACAGUGAUGAUGAGAAAUCUCUUCCGAUGAUUGAUGGCGAAGAAGAAAUCGACUUGAACAGCUUGAAGAAUGGUUCGACUGGAGACAAGAAAAUUAUAGAAGAAGAUAGUCAAGUACCACUGAUUGUUGAGCUUGUAGAAUUAAACAUAUCGGAGAAUAGUGCCGUCCACCACACAGACUCCUUUCACUUAGUCCGAAAACAGAAUCCAUCUUUAGUAAUUAGAAGAGGCUCACCAUUCAAAGUUAAUCUCACUUUGAACAGAGAAUUCGACUCUGAAAAGGAUGUUUUAUGUUUGGUAUUCACACUGAAAGAUGCAUCUUCACCAUCUUAUUCUCAAAAUACUGAAAUACUUUUACCAAUUGUAUUGGGAGACGAUGGAUCAGAAUUGCCUGCAAUAUGGAAAGUUCAAAUUAGAUCUGUACAUGAAAAAGAUUUAUGCAUUGAAAUUAUCCCAGCAGAAAAUGCUAUUAUUGGAGAAUGGAUGUUGGAAAUUGAUUCAAAGUUCAAAGAUGUUACAAAUGCUGCUGAUUUUCGAUAUAAGGUGAAAGAGCCAAUAAUUAUCCUAUUCAAUCCAUGGUGUGAAAAUGACUUAGUUUUUAUGGAUGAUGAAGAGAAACGAAGUGAAUAUAUUUUAGCUGAUAGCGGUUUGGUGUGGAGAGGAAGCCAUAAUUGUCUUCGUCCUUGUGUUUGGAAUUAUGGCCAAUUUGAAGAAAACAUUUUAGAUUGCUGUUUGUAUCUGCUAGCAAAUGUUGGGCAUUUAGGUGUCGUUGCACGUGCAGAUGCCAUACAGGUUGUCCGCCAUAUAUCAGCUGUUCUCAAUUGCAGAGAUGACAAUGGAGUGCUUGUAGGAAAUUGGUCUGGAAAAUAUAAGGGAGGAAAAUCACCAACGUGUUGGGGAGGAAGUCAGAUGAUUCUUCAAAAAUAUUUUAAAAAUAAAAAGCCUAUUAAGUAUGGACAGUGCUGGGUUUUUUCUGGAGUUUUUACAACAAUCUGCAGAGCUCUUGGUAUUCCGUGUCGUCCUGUAACUAAUUUUUCUUCAGCCCAUGACACACACAAUAGUCUUACUAUUGAUCGUUUCUUUGAUUGCCAUGGGAAACCUGUUGAUAAAAUGAACAUUGAUUCAGUCUGGAAUUUUCAUGUAUGGAAUGAGACUUGGAUGCAAAGACCAGAUUUAGAACCUGGAGAUUAUGGAGGCUGGCAAGCUGUAGAUGCAACUCCUCAAGAAGAAUCUGAUGGAUUAUAUAGAUGUGGUCCAUCAAGUGUAGCUGCCAUAAAAAGAGGCGAAGUGAAAAAAGCUUUUGACACAACAUUUUUAUUUGCUGAAGUCAAUGCAGAUAAAGUAUAUUGGGUGUACCAUGGGCCAAAUCAACCACUAAAGCUUGUUAAAAAGUCGACAGAAGAAAUUGGUCAGUGUAUUAGCACCAAAGCUAUAGGAAAGUUUGAAAGGGAAGAUAUUACGAGCAAUUAUAAACAUUCAGAAUCUUCUAAAGAAGAGAGAGAAGUCAUGCUAAGAGCUCUAAGGCAGUGCAAAGAUGCAUUUUCAAGAUAUUAUUUAAAUGAUGAUUUAGAGGAUGUACAGUUUGAAUUUACUCUUUUAGAGGAUAUUAUCCUUGGUCAACCUUUUGCUGUGAAGUUGAAAGCUAUUAACAAACGAGAAGAAGGUGACGAAUACAUGGUACACAUUUCUUUGCAUGUUCAUUCUGCUCUCUACACUGGACAGUGCAAGAAGCUAAUUAAGAAAGAUGAGUUUGAAAUUCAACUCGGACCUGGUGUUGAGCAAGAGAUGACUAUGGAAGUAUCUUAUAAUGAAUAUGAGAAGUCCUUAGUUGAUCAGUGUACGUUUAUAAUAUCUGCUGUGGCUCAUGUUAAAGAAACAGGUUUUGAUUAUUGUGCCCAAGAUGACUUCAGAGUGAGGAUGCCAGACAUUGGUAUUCAGGUGGAUGGAGAAAUUGUGCAAAACCAUCCCAUUACAGUGACUGCUACACUUACAAAUCCUUUACCCAAAGCUCUUAAAAAUGGAGAAUUUAUUAUUGAAGGUCCAAGUUUUGGCAAACCGGUGAAACUGAAAAUGAAAGGAAAUAUACAGCCAGGAGCAGAAGCAAAAGUAAAGUGUCAGAUGACUCCUUCAACUUCUGGCUACAAAACUGUAAUUGCGAAAUUCAAAUCAAAGGAAUUGGACGAUAUUGAUGGAUAUCAUACUAUUUACGUCAAAUCAGUUCCUGAAACUGAAAAGGAAAACAAUUGUCACAUGUAAAUUUGUUUUUGUACAAAGCUGUAUGAGGUAUAAAAAGAGUAUUCAUUUCAACUUGUUUUCCUUGGUAGAAAUUGAUUAUUUCUAUUUCGUAUAGGGAUGAUCAACUAACUAUCCAGCUUUUACUUAUUUUGUAACCACAAGAUUUUUUUUUUUGGACUGAUUUUUAAAUUUUUUUUAAAAGGAUGCAUAUAAAAAAGUAUUUUGAUGUAGUAAUAAAAGUUUAUUUUUUUUUUUUCAUGGAAGAUUUCCUGAAAUAUUUUUAAAACUUAUGUUUGUGCUGGAAAUAGAAGAAAAAAAUAUGGCACAAUAUUGGUGCACAAAUGAAUUCUCUACCAAAAGAACUUUAUCUAAAUACUUUUGGUUGUUUAAUUUGUAGAUUCACUCAAUUUUUCUUUGAGCAGAUUUUUUCUUUGUGCAGUAAAGAUUAAUGAUUUCAAAACUUGGUGGUUGUAAGUACCAAAUGACUAAAAAAAUUGCUGUUGGUAACUAAACUUUGAAAGUCAAACACAAAUAUACUUAAGCAGUUAGUUAGUGCUCUAAUUCCAGGGCUAAGGCAGAAAUACGUGCAAAGUACCAAGAAUCACCAGUAACCGAGCUGGAGGCAGAUGCUCUCUCACUGAAACUGAGAUUACCAACAAACUGGUAGCUAAAAUUCAUUUUGCCUGAUGAGUCCAUAACAAGGGCGAAACUGCGGUUUCUGAUUGUCAUAACUGGGCUGUCGGUAUUUUGCAUACAAAUCUACUUGAUAAACAUCUAGUCAAACUAGAUGUUUAUCUACAUCUGCACUGUAAGAGACUAUUACAGUGCAAGCCAGCCUUUUUGGGAAGAGUUUCACUUAGAGGAAAAAGAAGAAUGGAUGUGUCACUUUCGUUUUUUCAGUAUACUGAGCAUGAAACUUUAUGAAGGUUUGGAUCUUACGUAUAGAACAGUAACUGUACAAGGAUUUGGCUUCUUUUAAACUUAUAUAAUUUUCAUAUUAUGGCUUCAACAUUGGAGCAGUUUACGGUCUUGGAGGAAUUUCUAAUUGAUAUACAAAUGCCAAUAGUGUAAGAAUAAUACUAAAAAUCUCCAUUAACUUUCAAAAUUAAACUGUCAAUCCUCUGUCUGUUGCAGAAAAUAAAUAUUUAGCGGCCAAAGAAGAAUCUAAAAAGAAAAAAUUGAAACUCUUUGUUGUUGAUGAUUCCACUGGUAAACGAAGUUUUUGUUACAUGAAACAUUUAUAGUGUUUCUAGGGUAAUUUUUGACGCUGAUUUCAAAUACCCACUUUUAGAAUUUUUCCAUCACCCACUGUUUUUGGGUAAUUAUAGUUUUUAAGUUAUUUAUUUCCCCCAUGUUUUCCUAUACCACGUUAUGAUAAAACUAAUAGAUUGGUGAACAAAGGUUUUACUAAAUGACACAUUUAUAGUUUUUCUUGGGAAGUUUUCGACGCUGAUUUCAAAUAUUUAACCAGAAUUUUCCCUUCACCCACAGUGUUUGUGUAAUCAUAGGUUUUAAGUGAUUUAUUUUUCCCGUGUUUUCCUAUAUCAUCUAAUGAUAAAAAUUCAUAACUAAUAAUUAAAAUCUUGUCAUAAAGACAAGUAGUGUGGAAAUAGAUAGCCAGCUGUGCUGGUACUGCAGUGGUAACAUGGUAGUCAGUCUUAAUGGCACCCCAUUUUCAUAAUAUAAACUACAUGAAUAGGAUACUUUUUGAAAUUUUAUAUUUGAAAGCAAACAUAAAGAAUUCAUAAAUUUUACUCUAAGGAAAAUGUUUUAGUAUACUCUAAUAGUAUCGACUCUAUAAUGGACAUGUUUGUAUUUUAAUGUCAAACAGACAUGACUUGGAAUUACUCCUUUCAAAAGUAGUUUAAAAGCAAGAUUGAAACAUGUUGCCUUCAAUAUCACUAGCAUAUUCAGUCGAAAUGCAGAAAACACAUGGACAUUUGUAAGUCUUUUUUAGGUAAAAUUUAGUACAACACAUAUUGUGGGACAAUUAUUUCUGGUCUAAAAUUAAAUUAAACAAAUUUUAUUAACUGCUAAAUUGUAUUAAUACAAUGCUGUUUUCUCCUAUGCAAAUGGAAUAGCAAUGUCAAGAAGAAUUAAAGAAAAAAAAAGACUGGAUCUGUUAUUUUACUGGCCUUUCAUAUUAAGUUAGACCUUUUUUAAAACCUUGUUGAGAUUUUAUAACACGGGUGCUGAAUUUGAAUACUUAAAACCAGAAUUUCUAAGUAUUAUUAAAAUAUAGCUAAAAACACGCAUCUUUGGAGGGGCCCCCAUUGUUCAAGUGAAUAAGUUUUUGCUGAAUAAUGCUAGACUCUUAAAAGAGGGAUGUUCCUGAUGCUAAAUAUAGAAAGAAAAGAGCAAUAGCUAAGAUUUUGAUCAUUAUUUUAGUAUUAGUCAUGCAUGUGAAUAUGCAAAUUUCUUUCAAACUUCUGUCUUGUGUUACAAAAAAUCUGUUAGUGAUGGAGAAAAACCAUUUGCAUAUUUGAAUUCAGCGCAUCAUUUUACACUAAGAUCAGGUAUUUUUCCCCAUGUGACAGAAAAAAUCCUUUUUUUUUUGUAGACUAGUGUUCUUAAAAUAUGUAUUUAUGAUAAUUACAAGAGUUAUUUUUUAACAAAAUGGCAAAAUUGCUGCAGAUAAAACUAAGAUGGUUGAACCUCUUUCUAUCGUCUACGAAAUAGAUAUGGCAGCAAACCAGCAAUAAAGAAUUAGAAUUUGUGAUAGCGAUAUGACCUCAGAAUCUGUGCUAAACAUUGUUAUUAAUUAUUUUUUCAAAUAAAAUUUAUUUUUAAGUCUUCAAAUGCCACUGUUAAUACUUUGACGUGCCAGAUAUUGGCCAUCCCUGGUCUAUUAAUACUGUUAAUUAUUGUUAAUGUAAUUGUUAAAUGCUUUAAAAGGUGCUACUGUGUUUUAUAUCUUGUAACUUUUACUAAAAGAACUACUAAGGAAUGAAAAUUGUCAAUAUUAUUUCUUUGUUCUUGAAGGAAAAUAAACUUGUUUAUUUUGUUACUUAUAUUUGUUGAGGAGGAAGAAUAAAAUACACCCGUUGUAACCCAUUUUAAAGUGACUUUCCACUUUAAUUUUAUUUAUUCAUUAUAUCAGUUUUAUUUAUGUAAAAGGCAAGUAAAGUAAAGCAUGUAACAAAUUGAGGAGUGUUUGUGAGAAAUAAUAUAAGUAAGAAAAAUAACUCACUAAAAAGUUACAAAAUUUUGCGUAAUUAGUGUUCAAUGUGAUAGUGUUUGUAUACAAUGCUAAUUAAGUUUAUUAACUAUUGGUUCGUUUCAUAUACAAAAAUGUUCUUUAAAAUGUAUUUCUUUAUAAUGAAUUUUAAAAUAACUUUUAAAAAGGUUUUAGCUCUUAGAAUAUUUGUUAUUUAGCACUCAAACGGCUUUUUACAAAUACUUCUCAGUUCUGAGAUCUAGAAACCUAAGAACUGAAAUGUUUACCUUUUUUUUUUCUUUCUUUAUAUUAUAGCAGUUCACUAUUUAGUAUUUGAGCUAAAGAUUGCUCAACAUUAAAUUUUAUUUCAUAUUGUUUCCAAAAUCAAAUUUAUUUCUCAUGCUAAAAUUAUAUUGCAUACACAGAAAAAAGUCAAGUAUUUUUGUAUACUUGAUUGCCAGUAAUUGCAGUAAUACAUUUUGUCAUCUGCAGGAUAUUCAAUUGUUUUUAUGUGUUUGAUGAAAUUUAUGUAAAUAUUUGCUGAUAUCCAUUGAAUUUUCUAAAAACUUUUAAAUAAAUGAUUUUUU